AUGACUGGUUUUCAUUUGGACACUGAAGAAACUUCACACCUUGUUCCUGGUUUCCGUGAUUCAUUAUUGGGACUUGAAACAGGAGAAACAAGAUCAUUUGAACUUACAUUUCCAUCCACAUGGAAACAAAAGGAACUUCAAGGAGUCCGUGCUCGUUUUACUGUUGAAUGCAAGGAAAUGUUUUAUAGAAUUUUACCUGUCUUGGAUGACACGCUUGCAGAUAAACUUAUAACUGGUUGCAGCACUUUGGAUCAGGUUCGAGAAACAAUAUUGAAAAAGCAUAAGGAAAUGGAAGAAUUAAGAAAGAUACAAGCAACCCAGCAAGCAGUUCUGCAAGAACUCUCUAAGGUUGUGAAAAUGGAUAUUCCUCAUUCCUUACUAGAAGAGCAAGGCCGGAAUAUGUAUGGAGCAAAGCUAAUACAGCUGCAGACAACUAUGAAAUUGACCGAAGAGCAAAUUUUUACCCUCUCAAGUGCAAAGGCUGUCAACAACUACCUCCUAUCUCAGAAGGAGAAGAUCAAGGAAGCUGUCAAACAAUCUCUUGCAAUCGAAGAAAUAUUCAAGCUUGAAAAUUUGCAGUACUCUGAGGAAGAGCUGGAAAAAGAGGUGGAAAAAACGGUAGAAGAAUUCAAAAGCUACAAGCAUGAGUUUGAUAGAGAUCGUAUCACAGAACAGGCAGCAGAAUUUCUUGAGGGAUCACAAGUUUUGGAAUGGUUAAUGGAACAAACAGACAUCACAUAUGUGACAGAAGACACAUGAAAAUCUGAACAAAUUGUGUUAUUGAUCUUUAUAUAGUAAAUGCAAAGGACUGUGAGUCUAAAAGAAAUUGACUUGCUUUAAAGGAUGGUUUUGUAUUAUUGUGAACUGCAGUCGGAUAUUUUCUAGACCCCAUUUCUUGUAAUUUCUAUCACCAGAAAUGUGUUCUAUAAGGUUUUUA